AUGGCAUCGCUGGCGACCCAUUUCUCAGCCUCCCUUCUCCUCCUCCCGGUGGGGCUGCGCCGCCUCCUCUACUCCUCCUCCCUCUACCUCAAGAACCCAUCCCUCUUCCACUCCAAGCCGUACUACUUCUCCCAACCCAGAUACACCAAUCUUGACCUCUACACCCUCCUCCUCUCCCUCCCCAUCGCUUUCUUCUCUCUCCUCUUCCUCUUCCUCACCCUCUCUCCUUCCCUCUCCUUCCCGUCCUACCGAUUCUCCUUGCUCUUCCAAUCCCAGGCAGUUUUCCUCUUCUGGGUUUUGAUUCUCCUCUUCUUAGCCCGAGAAAGUAUCGACCCAUUUUUCAUUCCUGAGAGUUUCGUCUUCCUUCUCGCGGGAAUCACGUUCUUCGUCGAGUACUCUGCCACUGGCUACGGUUUUGAGGGAAUCGCUGCGGUUUGUUAUGGACUGUUGGGGAAUUUGACUCUUUUGUGUUGUGGGUGUUGCUUGAUUUUGGCGAUCAGACCGACGGCAUUCUUCGCGGAGUUUGGGUUGUGUUUUGGGCUGCUUUUCAAGGGUACCUGGCUGAUACAGUCCGGUUUGUGCCUCUACACCGAUGCGUUCGCUCUCAAAGGGUGUCAAAAGGUAGCGGUCUCGCCGCCGCUGCCGGCGAGUGGAGGAGUUAUGGAUGUAAAUUGUGGACUUAACGACGAUAGGACGAGGGGCGUGGCAUUGAUAAAUUUACUCUUCGUAGGGCAUGCAAUUGGGGUUUUGAUAGGGAGUUUUGUGACGUUUGGGACGCUUGCGAUUGAUAGGAAUUUAAGGUGUGGGGAAGCGAGUGGGCCGUUGCUUGCACAGCUUGAAGCAGAGAGUACAUUGACGAUGCGUUCUAAUCCUGAAUUUGAAUUGGAAUGA